AUGGAGCCGGGUACAUGGUGCACCGAUGGUGAAGUUUGCUGCCUUAGAAGCUACUCGAGUACUCGAAAUUAUGAUCGGUUCGUAGGGUACGAUGGUUUGCCAUCAAUAAGUAAAUCAAAAGCACCCAUUUGGACACAAUUAUGGAGGAAGAUUAAGAAGGAGAAGAAGAAGAGAGUUUUCGCAUGCUCGAAUUCUUCGAUGAGGUUUACUUAUGAUCCAUACUCUUACGCACAGAAUUUUGAUCAGAGCUCAGAUGUUGAUCAUGAUGAUCUGAUCUCAAGAUCGUUUUCAGCUCGUUUUGCUGUUCCAUCAGGAAUCUUUGAGAAGAAUAUAUUAUCGUAA